UAAAAGCAUCAUUUCUAGUGAAAUAGUCAACCAUGACACAAGCAGCCAGAGAUAGUAUAAAUCUUAACCAACAAGAGGAAGAUGUCAAAGAAAUUUUCAAAUAUCUCACGGAUAAAUAUGCACCCUCGUUGAGGGAAGUCCUGAUAGAGCCAGACCCGCUGAUACAUUAUGAUAUGGCUUUUGAUUUGCUUGAGUUUAUCUACCAUUUUCCAUGGUUUGGAGCUAACUUUCAUUCACAUCCGGAAGAUUUCUUAAACACAAUGAGGAAGUUCUUUGUGUAUAUCCAAGAAAACCUGCUUUCAAAAGUGAAAGAGACAUACUCAGGUUGAAGAGUAAAACAGUAUCUUGAUGUAAGACUUUUCAACGUGCCAAUGAUUAAAGAAGUUAAAAUUGACAGCAUCAGAAACAUCAAAGAAUAUCAUGUUGGAAAAUAUAUCUCUCUUUUUGGAACAACUAUCAGAACCACUGGGAGAAAAGAUAGAGAGCUUCAGUGAGAUGUAGAGUGUGUCCGUUGAGGAACCAAGCAUAAAGUUAACUCUGAUCUCUUUCAAUAUUCUAAGCUUCAAAUGCCACUUUUCUGUGGAGGAACUGUUGAAAAGAAAUAUAACCCCUACGAUGCCUUAAUGAACAAGCUCAUGAGGAAGAAAGCCAACAAGGGAGAUGAAAAUGGCAAAGGUGACAUGGGAAUGACCGCUCUUGGUACAUGAAUGAGUAGAAAAUUUAGCAAGAAUCCUUACACUUCUAUUUUCUCAGAUUACCAGGAAAUUAAAGUUCAGGAGUUGUUUAAGACACUUAAACCUGGUAAUAUUCCUAGAUCAAUCAUUGUAAUUCUAGAAGAUAACCUCGUUGAUGUCUGAAAGCCAGGAGAUGAUGUCCUUAUUAAUGGCAUCAUUAUCCAAAGAUGGAGCGAUGACAGAAAAGAUGAGAGGCCAAAUAUAGAAAUAGCAAUCCUAGCUAACUACAUUAUUGUGCUUAACAAGAAGGAAUUCAUUCAAAGAUUUGAUGUGACCUCUGAAAACAAGGCUGAAUUUAAGAAAUUUUGGAAAGAUUGCCCAUACCUUGAAGGAAGAAACAAACUAAUAGAAUCUAUCUGACCUUAUAUCUAUGAGAAGAAUGAACAGAAAUUAGGCAUGCUCCUAGCUAUUAUCGGUGGGGUUCCAAAGUUGAUCGAGAAGGAUAAUACCAAAAUUAGAGGACAAAUCCACAUGCUCAUGGUGGGAGAACCAGGAACAGGAAAAUCAUGUCUUCUUUGAUUCGCACAAAAAUUGUCAAUGAGAUCAGUGAUGACAACAGGUAUUGGAACAACCUCAGCUGGUCUCACAGUAGCAGCCUUUAAAGACGGAAACGAAUGGAUCCUAGAAGCUGGAGCCCUUGUCUUAGCAGAUUGUGGUGUUUGUUGUAUUGAUGAAUUUGCACUUAUUAGACAAGAAGAUAGAGGCUCUGUUCAUGAAGCAAUGGAACAGCAAACAUUAUCCAUCGCUAAAGCUGGAUUGGUAUGUAAAAUCAACGCAAGAGCUACAAUCAUUGCAGCUACAAACCCUAGUGGUUCAAACAGGAUAGACAUGAAUUAUAAUAAUGGACAAAAUACUGGAAUCUCUAGCUCUUUGCUCAGUCGAUUUGAUCUGAUUUUCAUGAUGAAGGACGAGCACUUAGUAGAAUACGACUCGGCUCAUGCAAAUUUUAAACUCUCAAUGAAUACCGAAGAAGAAGCAGAAAGAGACCCAACUAUUUGGGGAGUUGAAAAAUUAGGAAAGUACAUUCUUUAUAUUCAAAGAGAGUUCAGUCCUGAAUUAUCAGAUUAUGCAAUCAGAAUCUUUCAGAAUUAUUACCAGUAUCUGAGAAAGAGGGAACGAUUGCCUCAAGACAGAAAGACAGUCAGAAUGCUUGAAUCUUUGAUUAGAAUCUCAGAAGCCCAUGCUAGAUUAAUGAUGAGAAAUGAAAUUAUUGUGCUAGAUGCUAUAGUCACAAUAAUUCUAAUGGAGCAUUGUCUCAAUUCAGGCCUUCUUGAAGAACUUUUUCCAGUUAUCAUGAGCUUUGACAGAUACACAGAAGCUAAGCAUGAAAUCUUACUAAGACUUGGACUAAAUCCAGGAGAAUUCCCUGAUCCAAAUAUGAAGAAAAAUAGAAGGAGAAAUAAGAAGAAAAAGUCUGGGCAGUUCAGUUACAAUAGUUAUAUGGAUGGCGAUCAACAUUUUUCUGGAACAAUUACUAGCCAAGAUGAAAUCAAUGGAGGGGAUAAUUACUUUGUCGGUUCUUCUCAGCAAAGCGUAAAUGGAAACAAAAGUGACUCUCAGACGACUUUCUGCAUCAGCCAAGGAACUCAGAAUAACAAUUCACAAUCAAAUGAUCUGACCUCUUUCAAUCUUGACAGUCAGGAUAAUUCCCAGACUACCAAAAUCAAUGGCAACAACAUUGAUGAUGAUGAUGACAAUCCAGGCAAUGAUGACUUAGCUGACAUUUCAGCCUUACUUUAA